CCCUACGACGACCUUGCAUCCAACACUCCCGAUUUUCGACGUGCCCCACCGAGUCCUCGAAACCAGAAAGCAAGCAUGUUCUGUUCAUGUAGAUUGAGCCCUUUGAGGCUAUUUCUCCAGGGCGUGUCGCAAACGCUCGUCCCAGAGCCUGCCGUCGCAGCAAGGCUCCCGCAGCACCUCAAAACCUCCCAAGCUUUGCGGGUCGUCCAGAAGUCGACGUUCGCAACCUCUGCCGCCUACCCCAGAAACCAAAGUCGGAAACCCUCCGGCAGAGAAGAGAACGGAGCGGCGAAGAGACAACGCGCAACAAGGGACAGGGAGGAAAGGGACGGCCUCGCCGGCGAGGACGACCUCGAAGGCGGCGCGAAACCGAAGCGGGAGCCCUGGCAGAUCCAGAAGGAGGCCUUGAAGAAGAAGUUCCCUGGCGGCUGGAACCCACGCAAGCGCCUGUCGCCGGACGCCAUCGCGGGCAUCAAGGCGCUGCACGCGCAGUUCCCCGAGGAGUACACGCUGCCGACGCUCGCCGACAAGUUCGAGGUGUCGCCCGAGGCCAUCCGGCGCAUCCUCAAGAGCAAGUGGCAGGCGUCGCCCGAGGAGGAGGAGGACCGGCAGGAGCGCUGGUUCCGGCGCGGCGUCAACGUGUGGUCGCGCUACGCCGAGCUGGGCAUGAAGCCGCCCACCAAGUGGCGCCGCGAGGGCGUCACGCGCGACCCAUCAUACCACGAAAACCGCAAGGCAGCGAUCGAAAGGAGGAAGCGGGAGGAGGCGGAGGAGGAUGCGGCCGAGAGAUUGCAGCGGAAGCUGUCUGAUACCAUCUUGUGAGGCUUCGUGUAGGGCGGCUACACGGGCCGGAGUUACCUAGCCAUAAUCUCCCCUUACGAUAGUCGACUGAGUCGGCGAAUUAAAAACCUCUGGGCGAAGGCGAUCUUAGCGUUCUGAAUUUGAGCCGUGGUCUACAGGCACAGUUUGACAAGCAGAGACCCAAAAC